AUGGCGGACGGUCUCACAAAUUUUAAUGUCUUUGUUCUUUCGUUGUUCCUGCUUGUUUGUAUUGAUAUGGUGAGAUCUCCAGUUAUCCAGCAGUUAUUUAUUCGUAGCAUUCUUUGAACUUUGUUAGAAAUUUGUAUUUACCCUUCUCGUUCACGUGGAAAUUAAUUACUAACUGUGUACAAUUAAAAGGUGUGCAGUAUUGAACCUCGUGGGGAGGAGUUAGUUUUCACUGUCGAGCACUGCUUAAGUGAAGGUAGGUCUUUCUUCAAUUCUAUAAUUUUUAGGGUGCUGAUGCAAAUACCAGUGUGAUGGGGUUUUCCUGGAAGUAUCGUUAUAAUAAUCAGGGUGCAAAGAAAGUCAUUUUUACAGCUUGCCAUUAGGGCAAGCUGAAGCUAACAUUUACUAGCCCAAACAUCAUUUCAACCAACCCCAAAAACGUUUUAAUGAGCGGAACUGAUGUCACAGUUCUUCUCUAAUUUGAAUUCCUCAAAGACCUUCACUUGCCCGUCGGGCAAGUUAGGAACAGAGCUCACUAGCCGAGUAGCCCGAUAGCAAAAUCCACGAGCCCCAGGCUGUUGCACACUACUUUCUUUGCAUGCUGAUAAUAUAAGCUCAUGGCCAGACAAAUCAUCCUGCCAUGAAUUUCUUUGAUACCUUGUUGAGUGUUUGUAUAGGUUAAAUAGGAGCAGUAAUAACUUAAUUAAAGGUAGUAAUAAUUAUUAUACAUAGAACCCUUUCGGUGAAUUUAUUAUAGACUUUCAUGUUCAUAACUUGUGCACCAUAAACAUAGAACGAAAAUGUAAAGGUAAUGCAUGGUUCAAUUUGACCUGUUACCAUCCCUCCGGGCAACCACCGGGACAAGUCCAGGCCUUCAGGCCUGGGAAUGGGGAAUUAUUUCAAGUAGUUCUGUUGUGGGGGUAUGGUAAUUUAUGUGAUAAUGAGUUUGAAACAAAAGAAAAUGAAAAUUACACCUAGGAUAAAAUUUAACUACAACAUUGACAUGUAUACACAGCACGUCACUGAGCAGGUUAACGAGUGGCAAGCAACACUUUGUCUGAAUUUCAUAGAUUUUGAAAAGGCAUUUGACCCUUUCCAUGGUGAAAGCAUGUAGCAUAUGGAGUACCACAAAAGAUUGUGAGAAUAGUAAAAAUAGUCUAUGAAGACUUUGAGUGUGCUGUAGAAGAAUACCAAAGUGGUUUUAAUAUAAAAAUCAGGAUCAAACAAGGAUGUAACAUGUCAGGUUCUUAUUCAAAUUUAGAAGGAUUUGGAAGGAGUCAUCAGAACAUAACUGGGCAAUAUCUCAGAGACAAUUUGCCCUGAAAUGCUAAUUUUUGGCAAGUAGCACUUUUGGACGUUGUUCUUUCAGAAUAUGCUGACAAAUCCCAUAACUGAACAAACGUAAUUUUUUAUAACGUUACACUUAUAUACUAGGCAUUUAGAGUUUAUCAAAGGUCACUAGGGACUUUUUCCCUCUGUUGCUCUCCCUCAAUUGCUGUAAAAAAAUCUGCCCUUCCUAUUAAUUUUUUUCUUUCUUUAGAAGCAGAUGCAGUUUUUAAACCAAGGUAAAAGUGUUGCUAUUUUAUCAUGUUACUAAACUGCUUAGAAAGUGUUCCUGUGCUAGUUUGUAGAGGAAAGAGGAAAUAAAGUGAGUAAAGGGAAGAAGGGGGAAGGGAGAAAAAAAAAAUACUUGCCCACAAACCCAACUAUUCUGAAAAUGUCCCUUAAUAUUUCAGUGUGCAGUUCAUAAUAACAGGUCAAUUGUUCGAUUCCAGAUUAUUAAUUUUUUUUUUUUUUGCUAGGUACACUGAUUCUCAGUCAGUGGAAAUAGAGAGUCAUCAUGGUUAAAUUGAAAUUUACCAGAAAUCAAAUUUGUCAUGGAUAUUUAAUGCAUCAGAGCAUGCCACUUGACUAUGAAAAAAGUUAAUUCUUACAUGAAAGGUUUAAUAAAAUGGCUAAUUUAUAAUAUACAACACCCAAAUUUCCUAUUACAAUUACUGCAACAUUUUGCUAAGGCUGAAACAUUUUUUUUUUCUUGCUAAGGGGAACCAUUUAUGUUAAGACAGUCAAGAGUUCUACUGGAACAAUAUCACAGACAGAACCACUAUCACUGGAUGAAGUUGAGAAUCUGAAGGUAAUGCAUAUUAAUUUGUUUGGUCAAGAACUACUUCAUUGUCAUAAACUACCGUAAAAUUCCAAAAAUAAGCCCCUCCAUGUAUAAGCCCCUCCAAAUAAAUUAUAAGCCCCCCAAACUCGUAAAGGAAAAAACGCUCCGUUAAAUCACCCCUCCUUAGGCUUAUACUUGGAAAUGGACCUAAAAAACAAAGUAAAACAAUGCCAAAACAGUACAUUUACUUGCAGCUAUAAGGCUAGCCCAAUCAAUUUUGAAAUGCAAAUUUCCCACCAUAGAUAAGCCCCCCCAAAUAUAAGCCCCUCUAGAAGAGCCUUUGAAAAAUAAUUAUAAGCCCCGGGGCUUAUUUUCGGAAUUUUAUGGUACUCCUCAUAAGCCCUGCUAUAAUAUAUAGUUGAUUCAAUAAAGGCUGCUUUGGACUUUGGUAACAAUUACCAAUGCCCAAGCAACCAUUAUUGAAUCAUUGUGCACUGGGAAUCUAUCAUUUGGUGGUCACUCAAGCAAAUCAUCAUGUCUUUCUGUUUACCCAAAUGCCCAAAGUUCAAGUGCCAAUGACCAAUUGCCAAAGCAACCUUUAUUGAAUUGUAUCUUCAUAAGGUGCUUUAAUAGGGCUUAUGUUUUUGGGCUUAUAGUUGUUUCAAAAAUGCAGUUCCAAGCUGUAGUUUGAUCAAAAUACUCUUAAAACAUUAAUAUUUUUCCACUAUUUUUAUUUUUAGAACUUCAAAAUAAAUCAAAUUCAUUUCAAUACAUUUGGUGGCUUAUAUCUGUAAGAACGCUGCAUUUUUUAGGUCAUCAGAUGAGAUGUGAUUUUUGGUUUACAAAUUUGGUCAUAUAACUGGUUAUGGUGAAUUUUGUGUUGGGGCUUUUAGCCAAUCAGGAGCUUAAAAAAUAUUUUGAAUGAAUAAUUUUGUGGCACAAUAGUACAUAUUGUAUCACUAGUCGCCUUCAUGGAGCAAAUAAAAUUAAUAAAAUAACUAGCUAACUUAUUGUACUGUACUUAAGAGAUGCAUUUCAUGUUAAAUCCACCCUUUGAAUUUUGUUAUCCCUUAGGACCUGGCAUUAAAAGACGGGUACUACAGAAUACGGUUACGCCCAAAGUCCAUGGAUGGUGGUGAAGGCAUUGAUAGCAGUGUUUCUACAUUUGUGAAAGCUGUAAGUUUAGCUGCUUUUUUAAUAUACCAUUAAUUUUUUAAUACCAUCUUUUUAUCAUUGAAGUAUGCAGACUCUUCAGUAACUUGAUUUUUAUCUUGGUUGGUUGUCUGCUUUAUUCAGAAUCUGACAUUUCCUUGAACCCUUGUAAUGCACAUGUGCAAAGAAAUCCUUAAUGUAUGUAUUACAUUUACAAUUUGUGGUUGUUAACCAUCUCGUUCAUGUUCACAUGACUUUGACCAUUCUUAGUUAAAAAAACUCACAUGUUAAUCAAAACAAUUUUUUUAACUGGUGAACUUAGGGACGGCAGAGGAAAGAGGACACCAAUAAUGAUAUUAAUAAUAAUAAUAAUAAUAAUAAUAAAUUUUUCCAAACAUAAUUGUAAAAUAUUGUUUGGAAAAAUAUCCCAACAAACUUAACCUUUCUUUUAAUAAUUUAUAUCUUUUUGUAGUAGGCCAGAACACAGUGUUGUCAAUACAUUACUAAGUAAAAAACAGUAGCAUCAGCCAUAAUAUUAUUUUUAAUCAUAAAAUUUAAAUUAAUUUUGUAAUUGCAGUCAUGUCACAAAUGAAAGGGGACUCAGAAAAAAAUUCAACUUAUGAAUGUCUUGACUUCUAAGAAUUUUAAAAAUGUUCUUGAUAUGACUUUUAUUUCAUAUCAUUAUUUUAUCCUACGGCUGACAUGGAAAGCAAAUUGUUUAUGUUUAAUUCUUUUACUUCUUUACCAGUGUUCCCUGUUUACAUCAAAACUUACAGAGACAAUAACUUUAACACUGGAUAACACAGGUAUGCAGUAUGUUUCCAGUUGAAUCUGUUAUGUCAGCUGUCUCUUAUAAACAAGGACAAAAAUGUAGUUGCUUGAAAGUCUGCCAACAGAUUUAUUUAUCCAGGCCUAACGUGAGAGCUUAAUUAGAAUGUUUGAUUUCAUUAAGGUCACUUAUAUGGUGUCGGGCUGAUUGUCCCUGAUGGUGGGUGCCAAGCAAAGACCCUUAACUGGGUAAGUGAUUGUCAUUAAUUUUUUAAUAUUGUGUACAUUCAAUGCAACUAUCAGUAUGCAUUUCUCCAUGCUGUUCGUUACACAUUUCCUAUGUUGCUGAGGAGGAGAAUUUGCCUAACAAUAAAGAUGUUUUUAGUUGGUGAUCAUUUCCUUUAUUCUCAUGACCUUUAUGUUUCAUUCAGCCAUGAUGCCAUAAGGAGAAAUAAGAUGCUGGUUUCUCCUGGGAAUUUUAAUGGUCAAGAAGGCUGAUAACUAUAAGCAAAAGUAGCACUUUUUUCCAGAACGAUAACUGUUGUCUAAGCAUAAAAAGAAGACCAGUUGAGUGAAACAUUUUUUAAGAAUUUUAAAAAAUAACUUGUAUUUCAUGGAUUAUCAGACUUAUCACCUGUAGCUAUAAGUACAAAGGAGGUAGCUAUGGAGUCCCUGUAAAAUGUAAGGGGACUAGUGGAUCCAAGAAAAAACUGUCAUGAGCUCUUGUACAUUGUACACUAUUACCUGAGAAACCCAGUGGAAAGGGUAGAAGUAUGCAAAUUCCUUCUCAUUCAUAGUGUCAGCAUUUACUUUUGGCAAAAAUAGUGGCACUACAAGCAGCGUAGUCAUGCACUAAACUAUGUCGAGUUCAAUAACAGUAUCAAAUAAUAAUACUUUGGUUGUCUGUUUUUCAAUUCUCAAGGAUGCUGUAAGCUUACCUUCUCAAUUUAAUUCAUCAGUGGCAGUAAUGCUUCAAGGAACAGGACAGCUGUGAGUUUAUUUUAACAGUUACAUGUAUUAUUAAUAACAACUGGUUUUGUUUAAUCUGUACGUAUGUGGCAGUAGUUGAUAGUCUUUUACCUUUUUUCACUGAACUCAUUGAAGUUUACUCACUCCUUUGCUUGCUGGUUCACCUGAGUUUGUUCUUUCCUUUACUCCACCCACAUGCAGGUACACUGCUCUCCAUUACCAACCAUUCAGCCAAUCUACUUCACACUGACCCCAAAGGAAGUACUGUCUCUUAACAUAGCCAUUUAAAUUAAAUUAUCACUCCUGCCAGCCUACAGUGAGCUUCUUGAAGUCUGCUCUGGGCAUAAAAAUUGGAAUAAUAAUUUUAUUCAUUAAAAGCUAAGGAUCAAAAUUGAAAUAUGAUUUCUCCCAAAGCCUCCCAAAACUUAGGGUGAAAGGGCAAUUUCUCCCCAAAAAGCCUCCCAAAGCUUAGGGUGAAGGGGAAACUGGUACAAAAAACGCGUCAAUGGAACACGACAUUCUGUUCGGAAAUUCAACCGGAAAACAGGACCACCUUUUUAAUUUUCCACUUUUUCUUAAUAGCCAUGUCUCAAAUCCAGAAUAAUUUUAUGUAGAAAAUUAGUGUCAUGGGUGACAACUAUGCUAUUAGGCCUUGAAAAUCUUCAGUUGACAACAAAAUUGUUAAAAGACUGUCAUCAAAAUAAUGGGAUAUUUCUUGAAGAACAAAACAAUCUACUCCCCUCGUCAAUCCCACCUCUUGCUUGCCACAGGAAACAAUGAACACUGUAACCAGUGGCACAAUAAUAAUAUUGCUUAGAGGGGGUGGGGAAUGAAAAGUUUCACAUUACCUUUUGAUGUAGAUAGUAUUGGAUUGUCUCAACUACUAUAAAUCUUUUUGCAUAUAUUAUUGUAGCUACCCACAUUCCACUGCAUGCUAAGUGAUCCGCAUGCAAAACGAUUAACAAAUUUGAAUACCUGGCUACACUUAAUUGGCCCUUUGGGUCUCUUUUCAUGAGGAAUUUAUUUCAUUGCUGGGUACUUAGUCUGUAUCUGGUGCAUGUUGCAGUCCUGAUACUCAGACUUACAUUCAAAGACUGGAGAAGGAGAAACGAGAGAAGCAAGCUGGGAAGACUCAAGACAAUAGAUCAUUUUUAGCUAAAUACGUGAGUUGAGUUAUGAUUUUUUGUGUUCAGGUGCAUGUUUAUGUUGUUGUUAAAGUUUAAUAUCCUCAUUUGAAAUUUCAUUUAGGAAUUUUAUUUGGGAAAAUGUCACUUUAAAAAUGAAUUUGUGCUGCUUCAAACUUUAUCACUCUUCAUCUUGUUCAAUUCAUCAAAUGUUGGUAAAUUUUUCUGGAGUUAAAAUUCUAAGAGACUGUAUUGAUGUUCAGGGAAAAAAAGCAAGUUGUUGCAAGUGUUCAUGUCCUUCAUAAAACGUGAAAUUAGGCACUUUCACAUUGUAGUCAUACGUUGAUAGCAAAGAAAUGUACAAAAAAGUGUGAUGCACAUGCAGAGUUGUUGUUUUGCCAGUCUAAGCCUAUUACUUUUUUGCCAUUCUUGUUGAUGUGGCUGCCGUCGUUGCUUAAGCUCCCUAAAAACAAUGAACUUUACCCUAACCAGUGAAAUGUAUGUGACAGUGUUAAUUAAUAAACUUCAAUGUUACUUUGUGGCACUUAUUGUAACUUUUUUGACUUGCUACAUUGUAUUCUAAAAUGCUGGCAUGUUGCACCUUUUUAAACUCUUUCUUACCUUAGGGUACCUAUGUAUUAUCAAAUGAAAUGAGUGACAAAGACCAACAAUAUUACUUUCCUUGAUCUCAAGUUUGUUUGAUUUUCUUUCUCUUGCAGUGGAUGUACAUUGUUCCUGUCGUAAUAUUUAUGAUGCUUACCUCUCAGCAGCCUGAGCAACAGGAGGGGUCUAGUCAGUGAAGUCUUCAUUCUCCCUCCAGUAGUCCAAAGAAGAAGUGCCACUGAAACUCUGAUACUCUAGCUCAAGGUGUAAAUAUGGAGAGAUCAUUACAUGUGUCAAAGUUUCCCUUGAUUCUAUUUGAGAUUAUCAUGUAUACAAAGCUACGUGUAUCAGUUUCAGACUUGGAUAUCGCUAGCAAACCCUGAAAUAGUGAAUACUGGUAUAUACAACUGUGCAGUUUGGUGGCUAUCGUGGCCAAGUUAUGUACCAAGGCCAGUUUGCAAAGGGAGGGGCAUAACAACAAAAUAACAGCUCUCUAGCCUCCUGUCACAGUCUACCCUAACGUUUUGCUAUAAUGUGACCAUUCACAUGAAAAUGUUCCUUAUGGUUUGCUGUUUUGAAACGGAUAGCUGUUUGCAUGCUGUUCAUCAGCCGUUGGAACAGCUUAGCUCUCUGUUUUCUCACUUGCUUUGCAUUCAGCUGUUCAAUUGGAUAUCCUAAGAAUUGUUUUAGUGUGAGAGGUCACAUAAUUAUGUACGUACAUCUAGGUAUUAAUGUAAAUUAAUAUGCAAAAAUAUUAAUGAGGCUUGAAAAGAAACUUUUGACAUCAUUUUGACCCAUGUGAAGCAGUCCAAUAGUAUUAGAA